ACUCACCACAGGUGCGGCGGCGCACACUGCUGCACACUGCACUCCCUCCGUCCCGCGUCCCCGUUCGGCGCUCUCGGCACGACCGCCGGUAGCCCGGGACGCACGUCGCACGGCCCCAUCCCUCCUAGCGGCCGGUGACGGCACCGGCGGCCCUUUGCUCGGCUGUGCCCAAGCUGCGAGGGCGAGAUCUACCCCCGCGUCCGUGCAUCUUCGUCAGGCCCUUCUCCGGACGAGCACUCACAGGGUGUCAACAUUCAAGGUAUCAAGGAACGCAAACCUCCAGAUUUUGUUACCUCAAGGAGAAGAUACAUGAAUAGAAGCAUUUGCCACCACCUCCUUGCCCACUGCAAAAAGCUAAGAGAGCUCCAGAGAAUCCACGCUCUGGCUGUUACCCAUGGUCUCCACCCCAACCAUCAGUCUGUUUCCUGCAAAAUCUUCCGCUGCUACGCUGAUUUUGGCCAUGUAGCUGAUGCUCGCAAGCUGUUCGAUGAGAUCCCACACCCUGACCUUAUCUUCUUUACUAGCCUCAUGUCCCUCCAUCUCAAGUUAGAUCACCAACGCGAAGCUAUAUCCUUGUUUGCUCGUGUUGUUGCCGCUGGCCACCACCUUGAUGGCUUUGCGGUUGUUGGUGCCCUGUCUGCCUCUAGUGGUGCUGGUGAUCUAGUGGUUGGUAGGGCAGUCCAUGGCCUUAUUUUUCGGCUUGGAUUGGAUCACGAGGUCGUCGUUGGCAAUGCAUUAAUAGAUAUGUAUAGCCAGUGUGGGGAGUUUGAGUCUGCGGUAAAGGUGUUUGAUAGGAUGUUUCUGAAAGAUGAGGUCACAUGGGGUAGCAUGCUGCAUGGUCAUAUCAAAUGUGCUGGUCUGGAUUCUGCACUGUCGUUCUUUGAUCUGGUUCCUGUGAGGAGUGCAGUUGCUUGGACAACACUGAUAACUGGUCAUGUGCAAGGCAGGCAGCCUGUACGGGCUCUAGAGCUUUUUGGUAGGAUGGUACUGGAGGGCCAUCGCCCUACCCAUGUUACAAUCGUAGGUGUACUCUCAGCUUGUGCUGACAUUGGUGCUCUGGAUCUAGGGAGUGUCAUUCAUGGGUAUGGAAGCAAAUGCAAUGCCAGCUCGAAUAUAAUUGUUAGCAAUGCUCUGAUGGAUAUGUAUGCAAAGAGUGGGCGCAUUGAGAUGUCAUUUUCUGUGUUCCAAGAAAUCCAGUCAAAGGAUUUUUUUACAUGGACGACUAUGAUCUCAUGCUGUACAGUCCAGGGAGAUGGGAGGAAAGCUCUUGAGCUCUUUCAGGACAUGCUUAGAGCUGGAAUAGUUCCAAACAGUGUAACCUUUGUUUCUGUUUUGUCAGCAUGCAGCCAUGCUGGCUUGAUAGAAGAAGGUAGAGAAUUGUUCAACAGAAUGCGUCAAGUAUACAAAAUUGAUCCCCGACUUGAGCACUAUGGUUGCAUGAUUGAUCUGUUAGGACGGGGAGGAUUACUAGAGGAAGCAGAAGAUCUAAUAGCUGAUAUGAAUCUGGUGCCUGAUAUUGUUAUAUGGAGGUCACUUCUUAGUGCAUGUCUGGUUCAUGGCAAUAAUAGGCUGGCUGAGAUUGCUGGAAAGGAAAUUAUAAAGAUAGAGCCUGGAGAUGAUGGAGUUUAUGUGCUACUUUGGAACAUGUAUGCAUCAUCAAAUAAAUGGAGAGAAGCUCAAGAGUUGAGGCAGCAAAUGUUGACUCUUGAAAUCUUCAAAAAACCAGGGUGUAGUUGGAUAGAACUUGAUGGUGUUGUCCAUGAAUUCUUGGUAGAGGACAAGACACAUGAUGAUCGAAGGGAAAUUUAUGAAACCUUGGAAUACAUGACAAGGCAGCUCAAGACACAUAUCAGAUUAUCCUCAUGGGAGCAACAUGGUUCAUCCAUUUCUGUUGAUGAAGAAAUCAUAGAAUCAUAUACUGCUCAUUUGUUGCAUGAUUGAUUCACAUGAGUCUUCCCAUUAAAUAGCCUUUUUUGUGCCGAAAUCAAAUUCGAUGAUCUCAUUGUAAUUUAUUUAUUAUUAGUCUUAUCUUGCAGCGUCUCUAGAUCAAGAUUAUAGUGUAGAAAUCCACUGCUGUAAGUUGGUGGCAAGAAAUUAUUAGAUAUAUGUUGAGGUUGGUUUUACUUUUACCAGUCACUUAAUAAAGGUUUUAGUUG